AUGGAAACCAUCCACGAGGCCUUCACCAAGCAGCUGCAGGAGACCCACAAGAAGUUCGGGGACGAGAACUCCCCAGCCAAGGCCGCUGGACACCAGAGCGGCCCCGAGGAGGAGCAGCAGGUCGAGCAGGAGAGCAGCAAUGCCCUGGUGGGCCCAGGGGACGGGAUCCCUGCACCCCAGAAGGUGCUCUUCCCCAUGGAGCGCCUGUCCAUGAAGUGGAAGAAGGUGCACCGGAUCGGCGCAGGACUGCACAACCUCGGGAACACUUGUUUCCUCAACUCCACCGUGCAGUGCCUGACCUACACCCCGCCGCUCGCUAACUACCUGCUCUCCAAGGAGCACAGCUGCACCUGUGACCAAGGCAGCUUCUGCAUGCUAUGUAUCAUGCAGAACCACGUCGCGCAGGCUUUUGCCAACAGCGGGAGCGUGAUAGCGCCAAUAGCCUUUGUCCGAGACCUCAAGAACAUCGCUCGGCACAUGCGCUUCGGUCAGCAGGAGGAUGCACAUGAAUUCCUGCGUUACACCAUCGACGCUAUGCAGAAGUCCUGCCUGAGUGGCUGCACCAGGUUGGAUUGCGAGACCCAGGCAACGACACUGGUCCACCAGAUCUUUGGCGGCUACCUGCGGUCCCGUGUGGAGUGUUUGGCGUGCAAGAGCGUCUCGGACACGUACGACCCUUUCCUGGACCUGGCACUGGAGAUCUGGCAAGCCAGAGACCUACUGGAGGCGCUGGAGCUGUUUGUGAAGCCAGACCUGCUGGGAGGCGAGAACUCCUACCUGUGCGCAGGAUGCAACAACAGAGUGUCGGCCACCAAACGCUUCAGCAUCCACCGAGCCUCCAAUGUUCUUACGGACUUGGCAUACCCUGAGCUCCUGAACAUCCGCCCAUACAUGUCAGAGAACAAGGGGGAUCCUGUCAUGUAUGGGCUCUAUGCAGUGCUGGUACACUCUGGGUACAGCUGCCACGCUGGGCACUAUUACUGCUACGUGAAGGCCAGCAACGGGCAGUGGUAUCAGAUGAACGACAGCAUGGUCCGCCACAGUAACAUCAAAGAGGUGCUCAACCAGGAGGCCUACCUGCUGUUCUAUGUGAGAAUCCCCGGCCCAGAGAAGAGCUUGGACGGGCCCAUU